AUGCUCCGGCUGCCAUCUUCAGGCAAGAGGGAAGCCUCUCAUCACUUCUCUUUCGGUGCGAACAUCGUGAUCUUCGUAUCGGUCCUCUGGCGCAUCGCCGCAGAAAGACCCGAGUCCGGGCGCCCGUGCUUUCAGAGAUGGGGGCCCUUCAUCCUUACCUUCUUGGGCUGCUGCCUGGUGAUGUGGGAUUUCAUCCGACACAUCCUGCUGGACCAUGGCGGGGUCUUCUUCCCAGAGGAGGUGCUGGCAAUGUAUCGCGACGAUGGCGGAUUGACCACCAUGGGCCGCGCCAGCCAGUUCACGACGAUCACGGGGUUCGUGAUCUUCCUCACAGGGGUGAUCUGGUUUGUCGCUGUUCGGGCCUUGUUUCUGUGA